AUGCUUGGAAACAUGAGUAACCCUGUGAAGAAAGUGCCUAUCCAUUUGCAGAGCUCUCAAAACCGCCUGCUCAUCAAGAAUGGCAAAGUGGUGACAGAAGAUGACGUCUUCGACGAAGAUGUGUAUAUUGAGGACGGUAUUAUCAAGCAGAUGGGCAGGAACCUCAUCAUUCCCGGAGGAACGCGCGUCAUCGACGCCAGAGGGAACUACCUGUUGCCGGGCGGGAUCGACCCGCACACCCACUUCGACUUCGAGUUCAUGGGGACGCGGUCGGUGGACGAUUUUUACACGGGAACGAAGUCCGCCAUCGCUGGAGGCACCACCAUGAUCAUCGACUUCGUGUUCCCCAAGGAGGGCGAAUCCCUAUUGGACGCCUUCUACGAGUACCGACGCAAGGCCGACGGCAAAGUGUGCUGCGACUACUCGUUGCACGUGUGUCUGCCCACGUGGUCGGCACACGUGCAGCGGGACAUGGAGACGCUCUGCAAGGAGCACGGCGUCAACUCGUUCAAGAUGUUCAUGGCGUACGAUUUCAUGUUGGAUGACGGGCAGCUGUACAGCGCCUUCGAGCAGUGCCAGAAGCUGGGAGCCAUCGCCCAAGUGCACGCCGAAAAUGGACCUGUCAUCGCGAAGAACGCCGAAAGGUUGUUGGCGCAAGGAAUCACGGGCCCCGAGGGCCACGAGCUAUCCAGACCGGAGGAACUGGAGGCCGAGGCCGUCAACAGGGCUUGCGUUAUCGCCAAACAGGUAGACUGCCCGUUGUAUGUAGUGCAUGUGAUGAGUAGAUCGGCGGCGAAAAAAGUGGCCGAGGCCAGAGACGAUGGCGGCCGAGUGUACGGGGAAACGUUGGCCGCGGCCCUAGGCACUUACGGGGCCCGCUCGGAGCACGAGUGCUUCCGACACUCGGCGGGCCACGUCCUAAGCCCGCCUCUCAGACCCGACCCCGCCACGCCCGAUUGUUUGAUGACUUGUUUGGCACUAGACGUGCUGCAGCUGACAGGCAGCGACAACUGCACGUUCAACAAGUCCCAAAAGGAGUUGGGCAUCGAGAACUUCACCAAGAUACCGAACGGAGUGAACGGCGUCGAGGACAGGAUGUCCGUCGUGUGGGAGAAGGGCGUCCACGCAGGUAUCAUCAGUCCCUCUCGGUUCGUCGCCGUGACCAGCACCAACGCUGCUAAGAUCUUCAAUUUGUACCCGAAGAAGGGGUGCAUCGCGGUUGGCUCUGAUGCGGACAUCGUCGUGUGGAACGGGAACGCCGUGAGGACGAUUUCCGCGCAGACGCAUCACCAGGCUGUGGAUUUCAACAUUUUCGAGGGCAUGCAAUGUCACGGCGUGCCCGAAUACGUCAUCGUCAGCGGCAGGGUGUGCCUGGAGGAGGGCCAGCUGCGCGUGGCCGAAGGGCACGGCCAUUUCGUCGACACGCCGGUGUUCGCGCCCUAUGUGUACGAGCCCGAAAAGAUGGCGGAGCUGAAGCCGACGAGGAACGGGCCCGCGGUGCCGGCAGUAGAACCGCUCGAAUUGGAGGAUGACUUUCGGCUGAUGAAAGUUCAACACGAUUAUAUUCUGGCGAGUACACACGAACCAGAUUCUGUACACACACCUAUCGGUAAGGGUGCCAGACCAGAAGGACAAAGGAACAUCCAGGAAUCUACUUUCUCACUUAGCGAGGAACUCGAUACUGAUAGAAAAUCUUCUAUUCGAGUGAGAAAUCCUCCCGGUGGUAAAUCCUCUGGCUUCUGGUGA